AGUGAGCAGUUUUCCUUCAAGGAUUCUCGCAUCAAAAAAAUAAUGAUAACAGUAACAAAACCCAUUCGUCGUCUAAUGUUUUCCACUGUUGUAAAAGUAUCUCUAGAGUUAUAAAGCGAAUAGGGCCAUGUCCCAGACAAAUCCGAAACCAAGUGAUACGCAAUCACUGCGUUGUUUGCACUGCAUGAAGGUGAUCCGUUGCUCCCGCUACGACACCAGUGAACUGGUGCGCCACAUCGAACAGGAUCAUCCGGAGAUAUACGCAGUAACCACGGAUAAAAUCAAGAAUCUGCACAAGCUGGCCGCGGAUCACGGCAUCAGUGAGGAGCGGCUCUCGAAGAUUAGCAAGAUGACGGGUCUGUCCGAGUCCCAAAUGGCCGAAAAGGCGGAGAAAUAUAUGGCCAAAAAGAAGAGUUCUGGUCGCAGUGGUGGGUCUGUCGCCGGUGACCCUGCUGCCGGCAGUGAAGCCUCUUACAAAGCUGAGAAGCCCAGCUGCUCGUGUUCACGGCCGGUGGAGAAGUCGAUGGCGCAUCGAAGGAGCUGCUAUCGCGCCUCCAUCGAACGCUGGACUCCGGCGGAGGGGCGCAUCUUUUGUCCGUGCUGCGCGAGCAGCAGGCGGCCGCUCAUCAAGGCUGCCACGGAGAUCUCGAACAACGGCUGCUGUGCCGCCUGGGUGGUCUCCUGCUGGCCUCUGUGCUUCCUGCCCUGCCUCAUUUCCGCGGACAACAAUGAGUACCUGUACUGCUCCAAUUGCCGCGCCUUUCUGGGCAUCUACGAUCGCGAGAAAAGCUGUGUCCAGCCCAGCAAGGAGUUUGUGUCCUGCAGCAAGUCGGUCACGGCACCGCUCAAGAGUCCCACUGAACACCUGUGAAAGGACUUUGAGUGGGCGUAGUACUUAUUAAAUUGUUUGUGUAUACAUUUGGCUAUGUUUUUUUAAUAAAAACAA